AAAGUUCAGCAGUACAUCGUCAUUGUUCAAGCCACAGAUAUGGAAGGAAAUCUUAACUAUGGUCUCUCAAACACGGCAACAGCGAUCAUUACGGUGACGGAUGUGAAUGACAACCCACCCGAAUUCACCACCAGCACUUAUUCAGGAGAGGUUCCUGAGAACAGAGUGGAGGUUGUGGUGGCCAAUCUGACCGUGAUGGACCGGGAUCAGCCUCACUCCCCGAACUGGAAUGCCAUCUACCGCAUCAUCAGCGGAGACCCCUCCGGCCACUUCACCAUCCGGACAGACCCCGUCACCAAUGAGGGCAUGGUAACCGUCGUGAAGGCAGUCGAUUACGAGAUGAAUAGAGCUUUCAUGCUGACAGUGAUGGUAUCAAACCAAGCUCCCCUGGCCAGUGGCAUCCAGAUGUCCUUCCAGUCGACAGCUGGCGUCACCAUUUCAGUCACAGAUGUCAACGAGGCGCCGUAUUUCCCAACGAACCACAAGUUAAUCAGGCUGGAGGAAGGGGUGCCUACGGGGACAGUCCUGACAACAUUUUCGGCGGUGGAUCCUGAUCGCUUCAUGCAGCAAGCCGUAAGAUACUCUAAGCUGUCAGAUCCUGCAAACUGGCUGAACAUUAAUGCCACAAAUGGUCAGAUCACUACUGCUGCUGUCCUUGAUCGAGAGUCAGACUACAUUAAGAAUAAUGUCUACGAGGCCACAUUCUUGGCGGCUGACAACGGUAUACCCCCCGCGAGCGGCACCGGCACUCUGCAGAUCUACCUAAUCGAUAUCAACGAUAACGCUCCUGAGCUCCUGCCAAAGGAGGCACAGAUCUGUGAAAAGCCAAACCUGAAUGUCAUCAACAUAACAGCCGCGGAUGCUGACAUCGAUCCGAACGUUGGGCCCUUUGUCUUCGAGCUGCCAAGUGUGCCAUCUGCAGUGAGGAAGAACUGGACCAUAACACGGCUGAAUGGUGACUAUGCCCAGCUUAGUUUACGGAUCAUGUACCUGGAAGCGGGUGUGUACGAUGUCCCGAUUAUUGUGACGGACUCAGGAAACCCUCCCUUGUACAACACCUCUGUCAUCAAAGUGAAGGUGUGCCCGUGCGACGAGAACGGCGACUGCACCACCAUCGGGGCGGUGGCCGCGGCGGGGCUGGGCACAGGCGCCAUCAUCGCUAUCUUGAUCUGCAUCAUCAUCUUACUAACCAUGGUCCUGCUCUUCGUGGUGUGGAUGAAACGCCGGGAGAAGGAGCGCCACACCAAGCAGCUCCUCAUCGACCCCGAGGACGACGUCAGGGACAAUAUUCUGAAGUACGACGAAGAGGGAGGUGGAGAGGAAGACCAGGAUUACGAUUUAAGCCAGCUCCAGCAGCCAGAGACCAUGGAUCACGUGCUGAACAAGACACCUGGAGUCAGAAGGGUGGAUGAAAGACCUAUUGGUGCUGAACCCCAGUAUCCUAUAAGACCAGUAAUCCCGCAUCCAGGGGAUAUUGGUGACUUUAUUAAUGAGGGCCUGCGCGCCGCGGACAACGACCCCACGGCCCCCCGAUAUUGA